CCAUUUUGUACAGAGACGUCGUCAUCAAUGAACAACUUCCCGCGCUACAUUUCCAAGAAUCUGUCUGACUACAGCCACAUGCCCAAUAUGUCAACUGCCGGCUUAUACGUUUUGAUUUUCUUCCUCCUACCUCUUGUCAUCACCUGUCUCUCUCUUGCUUGCCACUUCCGUAACCAGGCUUCUCGAACAAACGAGCCGAAAGAACCGAUCACGCCGCCCUACUGGGUUCGAGGAGCAAGUCAUCUUUGCUCGAUUCUCUUUGACACUGAAUCGUUUCUUCGGCGUCUGCAGUCCCGGUGUCAAUAUUCUAUCAUCUCUCUGUCAUCAGCUGUACCUGUGUACUUCGCGUUCCCGGGAGAGGCAACAAAGGAUUUAUUCAGGUCCUCAAGAGAUCUCGUUCCAGCUCCUAGUCUCCUAGAUGCCUUAACGGUAUUCUUUGGACUGACCUCAGACCGUGAGAUUUUUCAACACGACAAUAUUUCAGCCUUCGAAAUACCCCUGGGUGAACACACAAGUCAUCCAGAUCCAUCACGGCGAAUUAUGGAACAUCAACGAAAGGAUUUUGCCACAUACCUGAACGGAGAGCAUCUUGGGUCGGUGAUGACUACCUUUACUGAUAUUUUCACUAAGAGUCUUUGGCCCGAAGCCGACGAAUCUCGUGGAGCAAUUGCUCUACCAGAUCUAUAUUUGUUCAUAAGGAACAGAAUCUUUCGGGCCGAAGUGGAGGCUCUAUAUGGCGAGCAUAUCUUCUCCAUUUGCCCGUCAUUGUGCGAUGACUUCUGGGCUUUCUAUGAUGCAUUUCCGGUCAUUUCGCGCCAAUUGCCCCAAUGGCUCUUUCCGGCACAUUACAGCACGAGAAGAAAGAUGCUGCUAAACCUCCACAUCUGGCGGACCUGGUGCAACUCAGCUUCCGAGAGAACCUCCAACGAUGGCCUCAUUUGGGGAACUUCUUAUAUACGUCGGAUGGUCCAACGUCAUGAAGACCUGGGGUUUUCAGACGAUGGUAUCUCGAGUGUCAUGUUGGGGUACCUGUUUGUAACGACUUCGAACACGGUUCCAGCUACAGCCUGGAUGAUCCUACACGUCUUUCUCGACCAAUCCCUGACCGCUAGACUCAGGCAUGAGCUAUAUCUAAACCCACAGAAUUCUGUACAGACGAUAUUACUCGAGCUGGGCCGUGCGCCUCUCGUCAAUUCCGUCUACAGAGAGGUUUUGCGGCUUCAUGUCGCAGGCACUGUUGGCCGUAAAUCAUACAAGGGAAAGUUUAGCUUUCCUAGCGGCUUGCAAAUACUGGCGGGGAUUCCCCUCAUGUCUGCCAACUGGCUCGGAGGCCUGGAUUCGUCUUUUUGGAACACGGGGAGGCUGAUCGACGGAUUUUCAGAGUAUCCAGUCGAAAACUUCUGGGCUGAACGGUUUCUGAAAUAUCCUGGUGAUCCCAUGAGUGGACCAGUCCGAUCGGCAACCAAGUACGAACACCUGGUAGGAGGGCGUACUGGGCAGAAGACUGCACAAGACGAUUCCAAUGCCAGACUAGUAACCUCUGGAAUUCGAGAACACUGGUUUCCAUUUGGAGGAGGAGCUUGGAAAUGCCCAGGAGAGACUUUGGCCACCAGCACAAUCCUCCUAUCUUUCUUCAUUGUCCUCCGCGAGCUAGAUAUAGAGUUUUUGGAUCACAAGCAAGCUUCAAGAGUUCGGACAGGGCAUAGGACUUUGCCAUUUGGAUCGCAUGCAUUUAGCAAGCCCGUGGCAGUUCGAAUCAAGAGACGGCUGAGAGAAGAGUGA